AAUAUAAUAAUGGUGGUAGCACUGAGUUUAAAUUUAAACAUAACCAUAUCCAACUUUUGGGAAGAUAAAUAAAAAUAUUUAUUUUUUUUACAAUCAAUUAUUGAUCAAACCGGAAAAUAUUAAUAGGAUUUAAAUGAUUGGCACAUAUGAUUAGUUAGUGCAAACAUAAAUAAACGACCAAAAAUGACAAGCCAAUGUAGGAGAGGUUAGAAUUAUUAACUUAUGACUAAUACUUAAUUCUUCAAAUUAAAACAUUCCAAAGAAGACUGAUUAGAGUUAUUAAAGAUGUUUGAAUUCCUGUUAGUUAUUUCUACGAUAAGUUAUGUUUUUUCCUUUGAAAAUACUCUCCUUGGUUGCUAUGAUGAUGUCUCUCCAGGAAAGAGGGUUUCAAUUGAACAAUAUAGAUCAAAAGAAGAAUGUAUUAAAGAUUGUUUUUCGAAGUAUUAUAGGUAUGGUUUUAUUUACAAUGAAGGCAAUUGUAUGUGUGGAAAUUAUUUAGGAGAACAAGUUUCGAAUGGAACUUGCAGUGAAUGUCAGUCUUGUGACUUUAAGAUGAAUUUGACCGACACUUACUUCACAGGAAAUUUAGUGCCUGGACCUCCAAGGAAUUUUCAAGUUUUCAACAUAACAGAAAAUCAUGUAAGGAUAACGUGGCAAGAACCAGAAUCAUUUGUUGAAAUUAUUAAAUAUAGAAUUAAGGCUAUUGUGAUACAUACAUAUUCCAGUUAUUCUCCCUAUAGUCCAGAAUGGAUGUAUUCCAAUAAUACAUUUCAAACUGAGCUCAUCACAUUGUUACCAGCAACAAAGUACAACAUAACUUUAUCCACUACUUCUCCAGACGGUGAUGGAGCUUUAGUAUUUAGAGUUAUAGAAACAAAAAUUGGUACUCCUGAUAGUAUACCAACUAAACCAGUUAUAAUAGAAAACCGAGGACAUCAGAUAGAUGUAAAAUUAUUACCUACGCCCAAUAAUAAUGGUCCUAUUACUGCAUAUAAAGUUAUAGUUAUUAAUGAAGAUGCAAAACAAGAUUUUGAUGAAACAAUACUAACUUCUUACAAUGAAGCGAAUAGAAACGGACUUUCAUAUUAUAUAACUGCAGAGUUGACUCCAAAGGAAAUUAAUAAUAUAUUCACUGUUGGUGAUGGUCAAACCUAUGGAAGAUAUUACAAUGCUCCAUUAGAUCCCGAUGUGAACUACAAUAUAAUUCUAGCUUUGAUCAGUAGAUUACAUGAAGUAGAAAAGGUUGUUUACAGUAGCGGUGCAGUAACUGGAAGUGGAGUCUCAAUUCUAAAUGUAUCUGAUGAUCAAAUUGUUGGUGAUUCUCGUACUGUUAUUAUUGGAUUAUCAGUAGCAAUUGGUUUACUUACAUUCAUGUUGAUUGCUGGUAUAAUUGGAUUUAUUAUUUUGAAAAGUAGAGUGGUUAAUAGAAGACACAGGCUCUCGGAUAACCAAGAACUAACCCUUCAGGGUCCUAUGAUAGAAGUGGAAAACAAUGGUUACAUUCAUGAAGAUGAACAUGUUCCUGUUAACCACUACAGAAACCUUAAACAAAAAGUGAGAACUAUUCCUUCCAGCCAAUUGAAUGUGGAGCCAACUAACUUACUAGGAGUUGGCAGAUAUGGCAGAGUCAAUAGUGCUAGUGUUGUAGAAAACGAUAACAUAACGCUAGCAGCUGCUUACACCAUUCAAGACAAAAAAAUGUCGCAAGAAACUAGAAAAACGAUGCUUCAAGAACUUGAUGUGCUCAUCAAAGUUGGUAAACAUGACAAUGUUAUAGGUCUAAUUGGUAUUUGUGAAACUUCCCAUGUUAUGUAUGUUGUAUUGGAACAUGCAUCAUUAAAUCUCAAGGAUGUUUUGCUGGGAAGCAGGGACUCUCUACCCGGAAGGUUUAGUAGUAUGUCUGAAUUUCAGGCAUUGGAUACUGCAAUACAAGUAGCAAGAGGAAUGGCUCAUCUUGAUCACUGUAAGAUUAUUCACAAACAACUAUGUGCUAGAAGUGUCAUAAUAGCUCCUGGAGGAAUUGCGAAAGUCACUAGCUAUGGUAUCGCUCAGUACUUCAGCCAUAACAAAAUUCCUGAUUAUACCAGGUGGACAGCAGUAGAGGUUUUCAAAAACUAUCCACCAAACACAAAGAGUGAUGUAUGGUCUUUUGCUUGUUUGAUGUGGGAAAUAUGUGCACUAGGUGCCACCCCAUAUGGUAAUGUCGCAAACAACAAUGAGAUUCCAGAAAAGAUUGUAAGAGGACUUCGUCUUCCACAAUUACAGUAUAUCAAUGACGAGUUGUAUCAACUUAUGUUGGACUGUUGGCAGCUAGAUUAUGACGAACGUCCAUCCUUUAUGCAACUAGUUGAAUCUCUAGAUAGUUUUAAGAAAAAUCCUACCGUACCAUACAUCAACUUCAAUACUUAUCCGAACUUUCAAUACGAUCAAUUUUAUCCCGACAUGGAACUAGCUGUUCGACCAGUAUUCUAAGUUAUUCUUCAACUUGUACUUUUAUAUUCACUAAACUGUAUUUAUCGAACGUUUUAGUCUCUCUCUAUUUAAAUAUUUACCUCAGUUUUUGGGAUCUAACAUUGUAUUUUAUUUAUAGUAGUAUUAACCCAUCCCUUUUGAUGGUGUUUAUUAUCAUCUCUCUUUUUUAUAUUGUCUAUUUUCUUACACAAGGAAACAGUAUAUUUAUUUCUCCCUCAAAAAUUAACAAAUUUAGUUUAGUUAACAAAUGCAACUUAUUGUAAAAUCGCGAUAGAAAUUUUUUGCCGGUGGAUUAUUACUUGUUAAACUAUCCUGUAAGUUACUAAAAUUUUUCAAAUUGAAAUUCCAAAAUUCACUAUGUUUAAAUAAUAUUUUUUGUUGAAACAUUCGCUUGCGCUGAACCGAAUACCUGUUUUCGAACGUAUUUUCAGCCCUUGAUAAAAAUUAAAGACCAAUAAUGACAUAUACAGCAGAAACGUCCAAAACACAAAAAAUGCUGGAAACAGCUGAGAUGAGAAUACUGGGGAGAAGAUUAACGAGUGGUUAUUAAAUAAAAAAAAAAGAAUGGAACAACCAUAUAAGUAGAAUGACAGAAGAUAGGGUAGUAAAGAUCGCAAGAGACAAAUCGCCGGCCGGGAGGAGAAAUGUCUGUCGAUCCCGGAAAAGAUGGAGCGAUAAUAUAACUUAAAAGCGCAACAAAAGAAAGAAACAGGCAGAAUUGCUUAUAGAAAAGAUAGAAGAAGAUAUAAAUGAUAAAUAUUACUUCUACACUUCCAGAAGUGUAUAACUUCCUCCGCUUUUCGAAUCUUUUAGCAGAUUCAGAAUAUUUCAAAUAGCUUUUGAGAUAUAAGCAAAAAACCAAAUCCUUUUUUUUUUGGUUAAAUUGUUUAUAACUUUUGUUAAUUUAUGCGAGCGCAUCUUUAAUUCAUUCAAAACCUUUCUACAUGCGAUUACGAUUCGAGUAACAGGAUUUUUAGGAGCCGGCGAAAAAGUUUUGACCUAAAAAACUCUUAUUGACUAGACUAUUUCUUUGGUUGUGAUUUAGAUAGUUUUGUUCUGCAUACUGCAAAUAUUUUAUUUUUCUCAGCUUCCGAAUGAAUUUUAUAUUUAGCUCUAAUUUCUUAAGUGGUGUUCAUUUUAAAAUUAAGAUUAUACCAAAAUAAUUAGUUUUAAACUUUUUAGUUGUGUAAUGAGUCGAUACAUUCCUUAUUUAUAAUUUUUUAUAAGUUUACAAUAACCAGUGGAUUGGAAUCUAUAUUAUGUAAUUUCUUGUAAUAUUUUACCUGUAUUUCUAAUUACAGUACGUAGUUUAUAUUUAGUUUUUAUAUUUGUGACAAUGUAAGAACACACUCCAUGAAAAAAGAAUAAACUUAUUAAAUUACA